AUGGCACCUUACGUUCAAGAAGCCGCUGGCACCGAUCCAGCCUCUAAAGCUAACCUCCAGUCUAAGAAGGCGGUGCUCAACCACGACCAGAUCCUAAAGCCCGUCGCGGACGACUUCAUGUACGACUUCAGGUACAACCACAGUCUACCCACUACCGACAUCUUAGGCGUUGAGAUCCCCACCCACUGCGAUGCUCAGAAGGAGGCCGAGGGCAUCAUAGCCCGUCUCUCUACAGCAACAUCAAAGGGAGAUGCGCAAGCUUUCGCUGGGCUGUUCCUCGAUUAUGGCGUGUGGCGUGACAAGCUCUCAUUCACCUGGGAUUUCCGCACAUUUAACUUCAGAGAGGUCAUCUUAAAGGCCGCUACCGACCUUUUGCCUCAAACCAAGGCUAGAAAUUUCGACUUCCUCGAGCCUGCGCCUUCGGUGUUUCGCCCUUACCCUGACUUCUCUCAGCUACAAUUUGUUGUAUCCUUCGAGACUGAUAUUGUCCUUGCUUCGGCCGUCAUCAAUGCAGUCCUCACUCCGGAUGGCUGGAGAAUUUAUACCAUGCACACUGUUGCCGAAAGCCUCAAGCAAGCCGAGGCCAUCAACAGUGUUGACCCCGAGGUGCUGAUCAUCGGCGGUGGUCAAAAUGGUCUCGCUAUGGCAGCACGCUUGAAAGUUCUUGGUAUGGAAAAUCUGAUUAUCGAACGCAGCGAGGAAGUCGGAGAUAUCUGGAAGAAGCGUUAUGAAUAUCUUUCACUGCACUUCCCACACUGGCCCGAUGCCUUACCAUACUUCAAAUACCCUCGGCAUUGGCCCACAUAUACCCCGGCUCAGAAGCAGGGCCUAUACAUGAAGUGGUAUGCCUCCGCUCUGGAGCUCAAUGUCUGGACCAAAUCGGAGGUUGUGAAGGCCGAGCAGGACGCCGAGGGUAAGUGGACCAUUGUAAUUAACAAGGAGGGCAAGGAGACUCGUACACUGCACCCUAAGCAACUCAUCAUGGCAACGUCGCUAUGCGGUGUCCCUUCCAUCCCAGCCGUGCCUGGCAUGGCUGACUUCCGGGGAGUGAUCCGUCACUCUAGCGCCCACAAGAGUGCCCGUGACUUUGUCGGUAAGAAGGUCUGCGUCGUCGGUACCUCAUCCUCGGGCUUUGACACGGCUUAUGAGUGCGCCCGCCUGGGAAUCGAUGUGACCCUCCUUCAGCGGUCACCGACUUACGUCAUGUCUUUGACCCAUUCUGUUCCUCGCCUGCUUGGAGGAUACGCGCCCGACAAGAAUGGCAACCUUCCCGAUCUCGAGGUGCAGGAUCGUCUCAUGUUCUCUACGCCAGUUGGACCUGGCGAGGAACUCGCUAGGCGCACCGCUGAGGUCCUCGAAGAGCUCGACAAGCCCCUCCUCGAAGCUCUUAACGCUCGAGGUCUGCGAACAUGGCGCGGCCAGCGCGAUACUGGCAACUCCACACUAGGUCAGACCCGGAACGGUGGAUUCUACUUCGAUGCCGGUGCUUGCGAGGAAAUUAUCAAUGGCAACAUCAAGGUGGAGCCGGGCUUUGUUGAAAGGUUCACCGAAGAUAAGGUGAUCUUAAACGGCGGGCGUGAGAGGAAGUUUGACCUAGUCGUCUUUGCCACCGGAUUUUCGAACAUGAUCGACUCCAUUCGAGCAACUCUUGGUGAGAGGAUUGCAAGCCAAUGCGGACCUAUUUGGGGUAUAGAUGAGGAAGGCGAGUACAAGACGGCCUACCGGGAGACGGGAGUGCCCAACAUGUGGAUCAUGGUUGGUUUCCUUCCAAUGACCCGGUAUGCCUCCAAAUUAUUAGCUUUGCGGCUGAAAGCUGUAAAGGAGGGUAUUUCCCCGCCCCCUUACAAAGUCUAG